GAAUAGAGAGCGAAUCACGUUCCAUGUGAAUUUAGCAUUACUGGGUUAAUGUUACUGGGAAAGUAAACGAACGAACCUACUGUUUAUGCCAGUUAAUUCAAUGUGUUGCCGACACCAAAAUAUAUAAAUCGAUUGUGCGAGAUCGACCGAUAUUAUUUAUAUUAUUUCUGUUUGUGUUAUGCGCUUUUCCAGAACCUGAUAGAAACUGCAAAUUUUUCAAUUUCAAGGUUUUUGUACACACACAUAUUUCUAUGUUGGCUAUCGAAUUUUAUACAAAGAAUGGAUUUUAACAAGAAUAAUAAAAGCGAAUCUAGAGAAGAUACUUUAAUUGAAAGGGAUGCUGCUCCUAUUUGCGACGAGUUGUUGCUGGAGAAAUCUCCUAUAUGUGAUUCAGCGCCUGGCGAAAUGUCCGAACAAUCACAAUAUAACACAUUAAAUGUUCACAACGACAACCAAAGAGUUUUAAUGCAAAUUUCAAAUGCAAAUUCGGUACACUUCGGACAUGUUAUAAACAUAAACAGUGGUAAAUCCGAAGUUUGCGAAUCUAAGCGUGAGGACACGUCGUGUAGUCAUAAACAUUUUAAAACAAAAACGUUUAAUAAAAAAACAACAACCAUUGACAUUAUGAUGAAUUCUUUGGAUAAACCUACACAUAAAAUUAUUGAUGCAAUAGCUACGCACCUCGGCAGUGGAUGGAAAGACGUUAUGAGGGUUUUGGGGUUCUCUGAUGGCCAAAUUUCUCAAUCGGAGCUAGAUAAUCAUCUUCACGGAACAAAGGAGAUAGUAUAUCAACUUCUUCAAGAUUGGGUCAGAAAUGUGGAAGAACAGCUAUGUACAAUAGGGUAUCUUACCAAUGUGCUGUGGAAAUCUGGUCAGUGUGAAUGUGUCUAUCGUAUGAAAAAUAUCUAUAAAUUAGAAUUUAUGUCAAAGAUCCGGUAAAAAAAUUAAAUUAUGUAUGUGAACCUAAAAAAAUAAUGUCAUUUGCUUUUAUUUAUCAUGUUAUGUUUUUUAGCAUAUCCAAAAAAAAAAUGUCCGAUGCCAAUGAAUAAAUGCAAAAACACUAA